UCUUUCAAAGCAAGGAUGACUUUGUUGGUAAGACUCCGGAGGAGUUUCCGCCAGGUGUCUCCUCAGCUGGUGCUGUUCCUGCUGUUUGCCUUCUGCCUGCUCAGUGUUUUUAUCUCUGCAUAUUAUUUAUAUGGGUGGAAGAGGGGACUGGAGCCCUCUGGGGACAUCCCCAGCCCAGACUGCGAUGAACCGAAGGUUGCCCCUUCACGCUUGCUUCCAUUAAAGCCCAUCAAAGUGGUAGAUUCUUCUCGUACGGACCCUUUGGUUCUAGUGUUUGUGGAAAGCCUUUACUCUCAGCUGGGCCAGGAGAUUGUGGCCAUCUUGGAAUCCAGCCGUUUUAAAUACUUGACAGAGAUUGCUCCGGGGAAGGGGGACAUGCCCACACUGACAGACCACGAUCGAGGACGCUUUGCACUGAUCAUCUAUGAGAACAUCCUGAAGUAUGUGAACCUGGAUGCUUGGAACCGCGAGCUCUUGGACAAGUACUGCGUAGAGUAUGGUGUUGGAAUCAUUGGCUUUUUCAAGGCCAAUGAGAACAGCUUACUGAGUGCUCAGCUGAAAGGCUUCCCCCUCUUUCUCCACUCCAACCUUGCGCUUAAGGACUGCAGCAUCAAUCCCAAAUCUCCGCUGCUGUACAUUACGCGGCCCAGUGAGGUAGAGAAGGGCCUGCUUCCAGGGGAGGAUUGGACAGUCUUCCAGUCAAAUCAUUCCACCUAUGAACCUGUCCUCCUAGCUAAGACCAAGUCAGCAGAAUCCAUCCCACACAUGAGCAUUGAUGCUGCCCUCCAUACCACUGUGGUACAAGACCUGGGCCUCCAUGACGGCAUCCAGAGAGUCCUCUUCGGCAACAACCUCAACUUCUGGCUGCACAAACUGGUCUUCGUGGACGCGGUUUCUUUCCUCACUGGCAAGAGGCUUUCCCUCCCCCUUGAUCGCUACAUCUUGGUAGACAUUGAUGAUAUCUUUGUUGGCAAGGAAGGCACUCGCAUGAAAGUGGAUGAUGUCAAGGCUUUAUUUGACACCCAGAAUGAACUGCGGACCCACAUCCCAAAUUUCACCUUCAAUCUGGGUUACUCAGGGAAAUUCUUCCAUACAGGUACAGAUGCAGAAGAUGAGGGAGACGACCUGCUGCUCUCAUAUGUGAAGGAGUUCUGGUGGUUCCCCCACAUGUGGAGCCACAUGCAGCCUCACCUUUUCCAUAACCAGUCUGUGCUGGCGGAGCAAAUGACCAUGAACAAGAAAUUUGCUGUUGAGCAUGGUAUCCCCACUGACAUGGGAUAUGCUGUGGCACCCCAUCAUUCAGGAGUGUACCCAGUCCAUGUACAACUAUAUGAAGCAUGGAAGCAAGUGUGGGGGAUAAGAGUCACAAGCACCGAAGAGUAUCCUCACCUCAAGCCAGCUCGCUACCGACGUGGCUUCAUCCAUAAUGGAAUCAUGAUUCUCCCACGGCAGACAUGUGGCUUGUUCACACACACCAUAUUCUAUAAUGAAUAUCCCGGAGGCUCCAGUGAACUGGAUAAGAUCAUCAAUGGAGGCGAACUUUUCCUGACUGUGCUUCUUAACCCCAUCAGUAUCUUCAUGACUCACCUUUCCAAUUAUGGCAAUGACCGCCUGGGUUUGUACACCUUUAGACACCUGGUCCGUUUCCUCAACUCCUGGACUAACUUGAAAUUGCAGACACUGCCACCUGUGCAACUGGCACAGAAGUAUUUCCAGAUAUUCUCAGAGGAGAAAGACCCUCUAUGGCAGGAUCCUUGUGAGGACAAGCGCCACAAGGACAUAUGGUCCAAAGAGAAGACCUGUGAUCGGUUCCCCAAGCUGCUAAUCAUUGGUCCUCAGAAGACAGGGACCACGGCCCUCUAUCUGUUCCUGGGGAUGCACCCUGACCUGAGCAGUAACUACCCCAGCUCAGAGACCUUUGAGGAGAUCCAGUUCUUCAAUGGACAUAACUACCACAAGGGCAUUGACUGGUAUAUGGAGUUCUUCCCCAUCCCCUCCAACACCACUUCGGACUUCUAUUUUGAGAAGAGUGCCAAUUACUUUGACUCAGAAGUGGCGCCGAGGCGGGCUGCCGCACUGCUUUCCAAGGCUAAAAUAAUCACCAUUCUCAUCAACCCGGCAGAUCGGGCUUACUCCUGGUACCAGCACCAGCGAGCACAUGAUGACCCAAUUGCCCUGAAGUACACCUUCCAUGAGGUGAUCACAGCUGGGACUGAGGCCUCACAGAAGCUCCGCACCUUACAGAACCGCUGCCUAGUACCAGGCUGGUAUGCAACCCACAUAGAACGCUGGUUGAAUAAUUUCCAUGCCAAUCAGAUUCUUGUUCUGGAUGGCAAGCUGCUACGCACAGAACCAGCCAAAGUGAUGGAAACAGUCCAGAAAUUUCUCGGGGUAACAAACAUCAUAGACUACCACAAAACUCUAGCGUUUGAUCCCAAGAAAGGAUUCUGGUGCCAACUACUGGAAGGUGGGAAAACCAAGUGCUUGGGGAAAAGUAAAGGAAGGAAAUAUCCAGAGAUGGAUUUAGAUUCGAGAGCUUUCCUGAGGGACUAUUACCGGGACCACAACAUAGAGCUAUCCAAGCUACUGUACAAAAUGGGCCAGACUCUACCAACUUGGCUGCGGGAGGAACUUCAGAACACUAGAUAGCCACUUCAUAUUUCCUGUAUUGAGCAAUAGUAGAAUGAGUCCACGGGGAGGAUCUCAAACCUGAAUGCUGAGCUGAAAUGACAUGUUAGGGUGUGAGAUGCACAACCUGGGAAGAAGAAGCAUUUUGAGCAAUAUCCAUUCAAGGUCUUCAGGGGAAAUGGGGAAAGGCCCCUACAGUUGAGAUUGUGGCUUGGAAGAAGUUGAUUAGCCACGCCCCUGAGUCAGUCAGCAUUCUGCAGAUCCCUUCCGGUUUCCCCAGGAGCUACAGCUGGUGUCAGGGUUGCCUCCUACUCUGUAUUGCCACUUCCUGGUGAAGAGGACUCACAGAGGAUCUGCUUUCUCCUCCACACUUCAGUUCCCUCUUCUGAAAUAGUAUUACAGCAAGUGACUCCUCUCCUCAGGUGAUGGGGAAAAGAGGGAACAAAGAACUCCUGUGGGGCCAGUUUGGGAUUAAUUGCUGUGCCAUGUGAGUGUAGGAGGAGACCCGACAACGUGGGUUGUGUGAAGUCUGAGCCAGAUGAGGACCCUGCUGCAAGCAUGGACCCAGUUAUGCAAUUUGGGCUCAAACCCAGACUGGACUGAGGCAGUAUAACUGAGUAGAAUUCUUAGCUGAAAGGAGGUGUCUUCUGUUUUAUACAAGGUGAUAUUGAAAGAUGCUGGUGCUGGCAAUAUUUAGGUUAUCCCAGAUGGAUUAUUCUUUUCCAUCUUUUUAUUUUGGGGUUGGGUGGGGGUGGAGAUAAGGAAUAGGGGGGGGGGGGAUACCCACACGCUCACCUCACAAAUUAUCUGCCAAGAAGAUUGUCUGAAUAUGUCCCACCAACCAUCCCUGUCUGCAGUCACAGGUUUUUUAAAAUGUGAGUGGUAUUUCCUGUGGUAAAAGACUGAGGCCAUCCAGUAUCCUUGCUGCUUUUUAGCACAUGGCCUGCCAGCUCGAAAAAGCAAACUGAACAGGGCAUCAGCAGCGGGUGGGGAAAUGUAUAGGCACUGGGCUAAUGGCUGCCAAAAAGAUUAAGAACACUGAACCUCUUGAGAACUAAAAGAGACAGUAUUUUAAUAACUUCCUUUGUGAGAGCUUUUUUGGAUUCCCAUAGUUUGUAUUUCAGUUCCUGGGUUUUUAUUUUGUCCCUUUUCGUGUUGGGGUGGGUGGGAGUAAUAUGGCCCAUAGAUUUGGUUGAUCUCCCUAAUGUUUGCAUUUUAGAAGAACUUUUAAAGGAUGAGUGUAUUGUUGCCACAGCUCCAUGGACUUUGCUUUUCCAGUAUUUUCUGCCAGGGCCCCUUCUUGACUGAGUGACAAGCUCUGCUAACAAAGUCAGCCUUUGCAGUUUUGCCAAGUGUGUACAUAUAUAACAAUUGGCAGGCAAGCUGCUGAUGGUAAAAUUGUUCAGCUAUAUUUGCAGUUGGCCGUUACCUCUCUGCCUCAUUUUGGCGAAAGUGACAAGUUAAAGCAGAACCAUAAGUGAUUUUGUCACUUGGCUUAUCCAGUCUAAUACGGUUAUUUAUUGAAGGCCUUUAUAAGGAAUGACUGAAAGACUCAUUUUUCAGAUGAAGCUGAGAAGGUUGGAUUUGGGAAGGAAGAAGCACGGAUUGAUGUGUUUCUGUUUUUUUUUCCUUUUCAACACAGUGCAGGGGUUGGUUUAAUGAACUAGAAAUAUAGGUACUCUGCCUCCAAAUGCAGACAGUUCUGGUAAAUAGUAACACACCGUUUGGUUGUAAAGGCCAAUGGAAGGAGAUUUAUAGACUGGGAACUGAAGACUUCAGCAGAGAAGGCUUUUCCUCAGUGCUUAUGUUUUAGAGUUGAAGACCACAGGUUAUCUCAUCAGGUUGCUUUCAUGCCUUGCUUGUGGGCAUCCUGGAGGCAUUUGGCUCAUCAUUGUGAGGAAUAGGGUGCUGGCGCUCAUGGGCAAUUGGCCUGAUCCCUCAGGGGCCUUCAGAAGCAGAAAUCCUUCAAAGUAGCAGUUGUCUUGUGAGCCAGGAGAACAGUUCCUCAUACGAACACAAGCCUCUUCCUAAGCUCAGGGUCAGGGUCUUGUCUUGAAACAGUUGCAGGUUCCCUCUGUGAAGUGUGAAGACUUCAUCAUGACGUCCUUAUUCUUAUCUUGUCUCCCCUGCCCCCAGCUCACUUAAUUCCCUUCAUUCAGGUUUUCUCAGCCAUCUUCAGUCAGUUUGAUUCCCUUUCACAUAAGUAUCUUCCUGAUGUAAUGAUCUCAAGGCCCCAAAGCUUAUGCCAUGGUAAACAUGUUAGUCUUCAGAUUGCCACAAGACUCCAUUUUAUGUUUGCUUCUUUAGACUAACAGGACUCUGUAGAACUCUAUUACUCUUCUACAUGGGUUUUCUCCGAUGCCCACCCUGAUGCUGUGCAUGAGCUCCACCUUGUGGAUCAGUCAGGAGUUGCUGAUUCUCUUGCAUGAGACCUUAUUCAAACAGGAUUAAACAAUAAGGAGUAUGUAGCUAGGAUAUAAUACUGUAGAAAACUAAAUGUGAAUUGCAGUGUGGUGGUGGUGGGCAAUACCUUUUUAAAGAAAUUAAAUACAAUGUGUGCACACAGCCUUCUGUAGCAGUAAGUUCUCAGUAACUGGAAUGAAAUAAGCUGGCUGUCAAGAGAUCCUCCCUUCCCAGGCAAUCUUGGCUGGACACAUGUAUCUCCUUUCAGAUGGGAGCAACCCAGAAGAAAAUGCAAAGGUUGUAUGUCAUGUGCCUCCCUUGCUCAUUGUAAGAUGAGCCCCUUCUGCAUUAUCUUGGCUCUGUCCAUUUCUUCUCUCCCCACCGUUGUUCAAGAAAGCUCUUUCCUGUUUGUAGCUAUCUGCUAGAAUGCAGGCAUAAGAGAACAGAACCCUCUCCCUGCUUAUAGCUUACCUCCUUACCUCCACCAAUCACUGUUCCUGGUUUUGGAGCGCAAUGGAGACAUAUGUGUAACUAGGACGACCUUUGGAGAGGAGUGAUGGUUCUGCAUCUUGCACACUCUCUUUUACUGUGUAAUAAUGCACACAUACGUUCAUUAUACAUGUUUGGAGCAGAUCUAUGUUUCAGUAUGCAGUUUCGCCACAGUCACAUCUAGCUGACUCUUGAGCAUCUGCAUGUAUUCUAAGAGCUGAAGUCUUGCAAAAAUUACGAGGCUUUUACAGGGUGCCAGUUUAGGCAGCCUGUGACUGACUUUAACUUUGUAGUUUAGCUGUCUGCCCUACUUCAAUUUUCAAGUGAUGUGUUCACAUUAGAAAUGUACCUGGCAACAGAGUUAUCCAGUUAGAGCAACUACAUAAGCGCUUUUCAUGUGGCCUUUCUUUAGCUGCUUAGCAGUUUUGAAAAUGGAGUCCAGCAGCCAUCUUCCUUGCUCUAUUACAGAUUAGUGAUUCUGCGAAUACCAGUUCUAGCAAGCCAUGCCUUCAGAGGUACAAUGAGAUUGAGCAAGUCAGUUGGUCAGAUGGGACAAAGCUUGUAACACCAAAAGAAGCAUGCAGUUGGUUUGGUGUAACUCAGUACUGGUGUUGCUUUGGGCCUGGGGCAAAAUUAAUACAGAUGGAGACAACAGGAUCAUAGCUUUUCAUAGUUUUUGGAAUGCCAUGAGUGGAGGUGACAGCUACCUUCACAAAAGAGGUUUGCUGGACCUUUUUAUUUUCCACCAUUUUGGGGUUGCUGGUGUAAUUCACAAAGACAGAUCUAUAAGUAGCAGAAGCAAGAGAGCUAGCUGUUAAAAUACAGUUGCAGGAAACACUGAACAGUCAACCUCCAGUGGGAGAGCAUCAACAAAGAGACGGUAGGUGCAGGCACUGCCAUCGAGGAAGGUACUAGUUUGAAGGCAACUUAUUAUUAUUUUUCUGAAGUAACUGUGUUGUGUUAGAAUAACUUUUCUAGAAGAUGGUAGCAUGUGGACUUUUUGUUUCCUCACAGACGUGGUGCUGUGUUGGUCAUGCCUUGCUUCAGUUCUGGUGCUCAGGAACAGAGGGAAAAUUACGGAUAUACUGUCUCACUCUCACACCUAACUUGGUCCAUUUACAGACUAAGCCAGCUUCCAGGGUGGUUUAGAAGAAAAAUAAUUUUCAAUUAAAAUAAUGAAGUUGACCAGUUGUGGUAGAAAGAGGGGAGGUGAUAGGGCGAUACUGCAGGGGUGUACUGUUUCCCUUGGCUUUACCACUGGCCCUAUGAAGAGGGACCCUGCUGUGGCCAGAGUAUCUAGAAGGCUGGGGUGGGGCACUACUGAACGAUCAACAUCUCUCCCCCCCCACCUCUGCAACUGCUAAACAGAACAUGGGCUGUGUUGUCAUGGCUGACUAAGCAAGAAGAGACUGAGCUCCCUAAGUAAGAUCUGCCUCUGAUGCCAACAUGGCUCUAAUGGUAUAAGUGAGACAUCUAGAGAGCUUGGGAGAAGGUGAUCUACUAUAAAUCUAACAAAUACAAUGAGCAAUUUUAGGGCGGUGAUUUCUGUGGAAUAUUUCUACUGCUUUUGUAGACUGAAUGUUCUUUGCAGUUUAGGAACAGGAGGCUUCAAAUGCAGCAGUCCCAUUCCUGACCCCAGUUUCUCUCUGUGUGUUUCUUACUGUCAUAAAUGUCAGGCCACAGGUUUAGAUGUUAAAUGGCAGGAAAUUCAUGGUUUCCCUUAUGUAUGUGGAAGGUGCAGGUGAUAGUUCUCAAGGGAGACUUCGGCAAAUGGCUUUAAUAGGUAAUGUUCAGAGGGUAUUGCAGCCACUGACUGAAAUUUCAGUCUCAUUAUGAACUUUAUUGUUACCAUUGUGAACUGCUUUCUGCAAUUUCUAACUAGAAAACUGGUGUAGAAGCUUUUUAUAAAUGAAUAACAUAUGCUUGAGUUUGGGUCCAGUUGGUAACCGUCUCCAUCUUCUUAGGCUCUGGCAUUUGCACUGUCAAAGCAACAAAUGCAAAAUAUCUAAUCUUAGACAUCUUUUGGAUUUUAAAAAAAGUAAAUUUAGACUGGCUCCAAAAUAGUACUGUGAUUUUUGCCUGCACUUUACAUGAAAAAAGAAAUCUGUCUCUCCUCUAACUCAUUUGGUCAUUGUAAGAGUCGUAUGGCAUUACUCUCCCUGGAUGAGCAAAUCUUGCUGAGAGUUUGUCAAGAUCUGGCCUUUAAAAAGAAACACAACACUUGUCCUUAUGUUUUUUUUUUUUUGGUGAUUGUUCUUAAGAAAAGGAGGAGCCUUCUGUCAGUUCCCAUUUUUAUUUUUGCAUGAGAUUCUGUAUGGUUUUCCCAUGGGGAAAAGGGUAUUUUCUUGGUGGGAGGGAGGGAGGGAGGGGAAGGGACUAUUUUAAGAAUCUUUAU